AUGUUCGCGACUCUUAUCUACACUAUCAUCACCGAUGGCCUUCCUUUACCUGACCGUCGAGAUGUCUUCACACCAUGGUUCGCGACGACGAUUGUCGAUUUCUACAUCAAUAUUGUUCCUAUCGCGGUAUGGAUUGUGUACAAGGAGUCGACAUGGCUUGGCUCUAUACUCUGGGCCAUUUUGCUCUUAAUAUUUGGCAGCCUCACGACCUGCGUGUAUCUGUUUCUGCAACUUCUGAAGCUGACAACUCAAGAGGCUUCAGAAGAUCCCAUGUACUAUUUGUUACUGCGAGAUUCGAUCAAAGAUGGAGUGGGUCUGAGAGACAACAAGUCCCUUGUCGUCACUGCGAGAUUUGUGUUUGGUGCCUUGGGAUGUGUGAUGCUAGGAGCUCUGGUUUACACUUGCUUGACUGAUGGUUCUCCUUUCCGCAUGGAGCUUCUUUACCCGUGGAUGGUGGUUUUACUGGUUAACUUCUACAUUAAUGUUGCGGUUUUAUCAGUUUGGGUUGUCUAUAAAGAACCUAGCUGGAUCAUUGGGAUUCUCUGGGUUGCUCUGUUAGUAUCUCUUGGCAGCUUUGGCACGAGCGUAAUCAUUGUCGUGCAGCUAUUCCGUCUCUCUCCUCUUGAUCCGCUAUACCUCGUUCUGGUGAACAACAGCAAUCGGGUUGGAGAUAUCAUGUAUGAGCGCGCUCAUUCUGCGGGUUUGCGUAUGUGA